UGCAUUUCGAAAAUAAAAUAUUCCUCGAUUUGAUUGAUUCCGGCGUCCGUUUUUAAUCGCCGAUAAAAUAAAAAAAUAUAAAAACAAUACUUAUUCAAUCAUAAUUUGUUUAUAUGAAUUAAAAAACGUAAAUAAAUUCUACGUGUAACUGUAAACGUUGUAAAGAGAAAAUAUGGAGAAAAGACGUAGUUCAAAUCGCGGGAGGUGGACUAGAGAGUCUGCUAGAAAGCUUGAAAACAAAAGUAAUUUGAGGUCGUCACCCAGCCGAAGGGCGUCCCCAACUCGCAAAGCUUCUCCCUCAUCGUCAAGUGGCCGAAAAUCGCCAGCUAGACGAGCCUCUCCUGGUCGCAAAGCUUCGCCUGCUCGACGAGCUUCACCUUCUCGCCGUGCAGCAUCGCCAGCAAAGCGUCCACCAUCAGUUGCUAGCAGCACAAGAUCCUCCCGACAGAGAAGCGCCGCUGUUAUAACUCCAACUCCGGUAGUGCCACCAUCACCAAUUAAAGAGAAAAAAGAGCCGCCAGCAACUGCAACCCCUCCAAAGCCCAAAAACGAAAAGACCAAAACAUCACCUCAAUCAACAACAAAGACCACCACAAACGACGUUGUAAACAAAUCCCCAGUCGCAAUAACAUCCAUUACCACAACUAGCUCUUCUGUACACAGUUCAUUUAGCAUCUCGACACAAAAAACUACUGACAUUGGUUCGAGUAAGAACACGUCUGGUGAAUCGGAAUUGGCUAAACUAACAGACUUCAUUCGUCGAUCGGUAUCGAAAACCUUCAGUACUUCACAACGUGGUGGCUCACAAACCCCAUCUACUCAUCAAUCGCGCAUUAGUCGUUCGAUAAGUCAAAGUAAUUACGAUGAUGGCGAUAAUUAUUCGAAGAUGGAAUUCUCCGAUAGCGAGGAAGAGAACUUCAAGAGCGUCAAUAUAACUUUAAAGUCCUCAUAUACGCCGCUAAUCGAUAGAACAUCAACGUCCUUUUGUCGGAAAAUCGAGGCGCCCAAAGAAUUCGGAGGUCUGGUGGGUUCAUGUAUGUUGCUAGUAAUUGUCCCCCUAUUGGCCUAUUACCUGCCGUGGUGCUGCAGAAAGAAGGUUUGUGAAUUCAAGCAACCGAACUUGUCGGCAUUGUUCGAUUUAAAGUAUGUGGAGAAGAUUUUCAAUGGACAAGCUGUAGGAAGCUAUGUGGCAUUCAAUAGUGGAAUAUUCAUUCUGUCGGCUGCUUUGUUUGGACGAUUUGUUCGCUUGCCAAGUGAUCGUCCAGGUUCGGGAUACUACUUCAACGCUUUGCCCAUAGCUGUUUUGGCUACUAUCGGGCUUGGAGUUGGCGAGUACUUGAAAUAUCCAGUUGCGGACUUUAUUCUCAAGAACUACUUGCGCUAUUCUUUGUUUUCCCUUUUGAAUGCCUUUUUCGUGGCUACUUGGUGCUAUGUCCGUGCGAAUUAUAUAGGAGCACCAGAUCUUCAAACUAAUCCCUACGCCAAGUCCGGAAACUUUAUUGUGGACUUCUGUCUGGGCAAACAAGUGAAUCCCAAGUGGUUUGGAAGUGUGGACAUUAAACAGGUUUACUACAAGGUCUGGAUGAUUACUACUCUGUUGUUUGCUGAGAUUUUCAUACUUAAAAACAUCGAAUUGCCAUCGAUGCCUGCAGAAAUUAUCCAGGAAACCGAGACCUUGGUGGGAAGCGUACCGAUUAUUGCAAAGUUCUACGCAGAGAAUAUUAAGUUUGACACGACGUCAUUGGUCUCCUCAUUGAUGUUGCUUACCUAUGCCCUUGAUGGUGCUAUUUUCGAACAUCAUUUGGCGUCUUCUUUUGAACUGCAGCAAGAAGGACUCGGUGCUUUGGUUCUGAUUCGCUAUGCAGCUACCCCUUUCCUACUCAAUGCCAUCCCGAAAUACCUCUUCGAACACAAAAGCGUGGUCCUUCCUAAUUGGGCAAUGGCUGUUAUGGUGAUCCUAUUCGCAGCUGGACUGGUCCUGAAACGCAUAAGCAACAAAAUAAAGUACCAAUAUCGCAUCAAUCCAAACUUGCCGGCAUUUAAUCAAAUGGAAACCAUUCACACUUUCCAAGGACGCCGCUUGUUGUUGGGCAAUCUGUGGGGUCGUGUACGUCAGCCCAAUUACGCCGGUGAAAUUUUAACUCUUCUAAGCUUCACAGUACCAUUAUGCUUCAAAUUCGCUUGGCCCCCACUUGUUUGUAUUUUGCUGUUCGUCGUCUUUCUUCUACAUCGCUCAGUGCGUUUAAGUGCACGCAACUCAACACGAUACCAUUCAUCAUGGGUGCGCUAUUGUAUGAAAGUCAGGAAUUUGGUUGUGCCUAAGGUUUUCUAAAGCAAUUAUAUAUAUAUUUUAAGUCAGUCAACAAAAAUUAAAAAUACAAAAAAAAAAUGCAUAUUUCCCACCACUUAAAAACAAACAAACAAUUUCUUAGGUUUUAGUCUGUCGCUAUUGGUUAAGCUAUUUAAUUAAGAACCAAAUUAUUCAUUAAGUAGGUAUUUUUAUAUAUCUAAAUCAAAUUUAUAUAAAAGCAAUGCAUUAAAAAAUGCGGAACAUUUCAGGACUUCAGCAAACUAGUAUAUAGAAUAAUCAUAUUAUGUACGUUUUCUUUUGGUAUAAAUAUUUAACCAAUUUCGUUGUAAUAACACAAACAUAUAAUAUAAAUAACAUUACAAUUUAUAUUUGCUUUUGUCAAAGGCAGUGGAACGAUUUUAAUUUGUAAACUAGAUUUUAAUGCAAGUAUAUGUCCCGUCUUAUACUUUGUUUUAAUUUUAAACUAGAUUUUUUAGUAUAUCAGACUUUUAAAAAAAUAAUAUAAUUGAUGCUUUUAAUUUUUAAGAUUUUCUUUUUAAUUUCUUACUUAAUUGUAUAUGUAUGUAGUACGUGGUUUUGAUUUUAUAAAGAAAAAUGUAUUUUUAAAUUAAAAUAAAUUUGUAAAUAAAAUCUACGAUAAUGCUCAAA